CUGAAUCACAUGGUUGCAACAUUUACUCGCUCAUGCACUUAGCUGGGGCAGGCUUCAGGUGAGGGUGUGUGUGUGUUUGAGGAGGGUGUGUGCUAUACAGGGGAGGGGAUUACAGAGGUGAAAGAGAGAAAGAAAGAGAGAGAGAUGCUGCACCUGUGCAUGAUCACCUGAAGAGAAGAAGAAAAAUUAAUGAACAGAUCGUCAGUGAAGAUUUGUAAGCAUGCAGUGACAACUUAGAAUUUGAGCCUAAUCCUUCAGCCAGCUCGUCAUCAACAAGUCUGCUCUGUGUCCUUCAGGUCAGUCCUCCGUUUCUAUUGGUGCCAUGGCUGAUGCAAGCUGGUGGAAGCUGACCUUCUCACGCAAGAAGAAAUCUGAAUCCAAAGUCCUGUACGAGAUCCCUGCUGAGUACGGCAGUAACACCGGGAACAAGGAGCACGUCUCGACCGCCAACUCAUCCCCGGACAACACGGACAGUGAGUUCAACGCCAGGCUGGAGAAGAUCGUGGACAAAUCUGCCACCAAAGGCCGCCACGUCAAAGUGUCCCACUCUGGACGCUUCAAGGAAAAGAAGAAGGUCCGUGCAACGCUGGUCGAGAACCCGGAUCUGUUCGCGGAGCACAGCCUCAGUGACGAGAACCAUAAACAGAAGACGGAUAAAUAGCGUGGACACACACACACACACACACACACCGGAUCACGCCUGUGUCACAUAUAAGGGUCGCAGACGCUUAGAUGAAGGAUAACAAAUAUACACAAGCACAACCAUGUGGCGCCACAUGUGCAAGGUGGAUACAUACCUUUUACCAGGAGCCACACCCAGGUAGAUACUGUAACCAGUGGACACCUAAACAAACAACUGGUAUCAGCAAACCAUUAGGCAAAGUGCUGGGGACACGAUGUCUCAUUUUCUCUCUCUCACACUAUUGUUAUUUAUCUGCCUAAACUCGUGCAAAUAUCCGUAUGAAUGAACAGUAGCAUGAUUGUAAAUUGACUUUUAUUUUAUAUUAUUAAUGAACCUCCUUUUUGUUUUAAAUGUCUUACGCAAUCAAUACACAAGAAAAAGAAGUAGAAACAUGUGUGUUCAAUAAAACCAAAGCACAUGGUUAUGACCAAAGCAAAUAAAUACUUGAUUUUGAUGUCUCGAAUAUUGUGGAUACUCUACGUAUAUGGUAAAUAACAAAACAAUAUAUACAUACAUAUGUUUAUAUAUAUAUAUUGAUAUGUUUAUAUAAUCCUUUCUGGAAUUUAAAAAGGAAGAAAAAAAGUGUUUUGUUUUGAAUAAAUGUAACAAAAUAAGUUACUAUAAAAAGAGUACUUUUUGUUUUUGCAGGAAUAAGUCACAACCAUUUGAACAUGUAGAGUAAUGAUUAAUUUGUUGAGUGCUGGUUUUGUUGCCUUGGUGAUAGUGAGCAGACACGUGAUAUGGCGUUGUAUAUUUUGUAACAUGGGUCAUCCCUGACCUUCUCUCCUGGAGUCCGGUCGUUAAAGAUACAUCUUAAUCUGUUGCAGGGCUGCACGAAGCUUUUUUAAUUGUGGGUCAAACAGAAAAAACAUAAACAAUAAUAAAUGUUACAUUGCAAUAAAUCUGUGUCCUGAAAUCCCCAUGUGUCAAAUAAAAGAAAAUGUAUUUUAUAUUAAAAUAAGUAUGCAAUACUUCUUAACCAUCAAA